CUGAGACUUUCACAGAUUUUCAGCCUGCUGCGUUUUACUGUUUAAAUCGGUGGCUGAAAGUUCUCACCAUGAGAAUUUUGUCAUUGAUGGUUCUUGGGGCCUGGACUUUAAGUGCAUGGUGCCACCCAAUUAAAUCCACAUUUGUAAACUUCCCAGGGGAUCUAACGAAAAACAUGACAGACAUAGAGCUGGCUGAAGACUACUUGAGGCGCUUUCAUUAUAUCCAGGUUCAGGAUAAGAGUGGUUUGCAGGGAGCAGUGUCUAUUCCCAAAGCUCUGAAGAGGUUGCAGAAUCAGCUGGGUCUGGAAGAGACUGGCAAACUGGAUCAGCCAACAAUUGAUGCCAUAAAGAAGCCACGCUGCGGUGUACCAGAUGUCCGCAACUACCAGACAUUUAACGGAAACCUGAAAUGGGAUCACAAUGACAUUACAUACAGGAUACUGAACUACUCACCAGACUUAGAUGUCUCUAUUAUUGACGAUGCCUUUGCCAGAGCCUUCAAGGUGUGGAGUGAUGUCACACCCCUAAGUUUCACACGUCUCUACGAGGGCACUGCUGACAUCAUGAUCUCAUUUGGAAAAAACUAUCAUGGAGAUCCCUAUCCAUUUGAUGGGAAGCACGGCCUGCUGGCACAUGCCUAUCCUCCAGGUGAAGGGAUGCAGGGAGAUGCUCACUUUGAUGAUGACGAAUACUGGACCCUUGGCAAUGGAACAGCAUUCAAGACAUACUAUGGCAAUGCAGAAGGUGCCAUGUGUCAUUUCCCUUUCCGUUUUGAAGGGAAGUUGUAUUCCACUUGCAUAACUGAAGGUCGCGAAGAUGGUCUGCCAUGGUGUGCCACAACUGCUGACUAUGACAAAGAUGGAAAAUAUGGUCUCUGCCCUAGUGAGCUUCUUUUUACAUAUGGAGGCAAUGGAGAUGGUGAAGACUGUAUCUUUCCAUUCGUGUUUAAUGGUAAAACAUACACCAGUUGUACCACUGAAGGACGUGAUGAUGGGUAUCGCUGGUGUGCUACUACAGCCAACUUUGAUAAGGAUAAAAAAUAUGGGUUCUGUCCUAACCGAGAUACUGCUGUGAUUGGUGGAAAUUCUGAGGGGGAGCCAUGUCACUUUCCUUUCACCUUCCUGGGGAAAACCUAUACUUCCUGCACAAGUGAAGGCCGUGAUGAUGGAAAACUGUGGUGUUCUACAACCAGCAGUUAUGACAAGGACAAUAAAUGGGGAUUUUGCUCAGAUAAGGGAUACAGUCUGUUCCUGGUGGCAGCCCAUGAGUUUGGACAUGCUCUUGGUCUGGACCAUUCCAACAUUCAGGAUGCUCUGAUGUACCCCCUGUACAAAUAUGUAGCAGACUUCUCUCUGAAUGAGGAUGACAUUGAGGGCAUCCAGUAUCUCUAUGGACCCAAACCAGGCCCAAAGCCCACUCCACCCAAGCCAUCAACCACUACAUCUUCCCCAAUUUCAACUUCCAAACCCACAAAACUAACUCCAUCUGUGUAUACGCCUGUGGAACCCUCAGUAGAUCCUUGCCAGGUGGACAAAUUUGAUGCAAUCACAGAGAUCCAAGGAGAGCUCCAUUUCUUCAAAGAUGGAUACUACUGGACAUCCUCAAAUCAUGAUAACAACAAAAGCAAAGGCCCUUUCAUGGUCUCAGAGAGAUGGCCUACCCUACCAGCUAAGCUUGACACUGCUUUUGAGGACCCUCUUACUAAGAGGAUAUACUUCUUUGCAGACACUCAGUUCUGGGUGUUCAUUGGGCAGAAUGUACUGGGACCACGAAGAAUCAAGAAACUCGGCUUGUCUGCCAGCUUGAAAAAGGUUGAUGGAGCACUGCAGAAGUCAAAUGGGAAGGUGCUGCUUUUUAGUGGGGAGAAUUUCUGGAGUCUGGAUCUGAAGGCUCAGCAAGUAGAAAAAGGAUACCCACAGCACACUGAAAUGACCUUCGCUGGGGUCCCACUAGAUGCUCAUAAUGUAUUUCUCUAUAACAGACACUAUUACUUCUGUCAAGACAUCUUCUACUGGAGAAUGACCAGCUGGGGAGAGGUUAAUAAAAUUGGAUAUAUUUAUGAACUUCUGAAUUGUCCCAGCUUCUGAAUCUAAUUUCAUCAAACUGUAGUAUUAUAAAGAAAGAACAGCUAACUAAAUUGAAAAUCCCAGAUAUGCAGUCAUAUGAAAG